AUGGGAAGAUCAAAAGCAAAGAAAACAGGUCAACCAUCACUUGACUUCCAAGUCAAGAAGAAGAAGCUUGGAAAGAAGGCACCACCCAAUCCCAAUGCCACCGUCACUACCUUUAAAUCAAAGACAUUGUUCAUCCCAGCUCAGUCGAUAUCAGGUGAGAAGGAGGAUCAGAUGGUCAAUCAUAGGAAUAUGACGUUGAAGGACUUGUUGUCAAAGAUGAAACAUUAUAGUGAACAGGUGAAGAAGGAUGCUUUGAAUGGUGUACGCGACUUGAUACAGCAGCAUCCAAAGAUAGUUCAUAUGCAUAUAUCAGCGAUAAUGAAUGGAACGGUUGAGUUGGUGAACGACGUCGAGAAGAAUGUGCGUGCUGCUGCCUAUUCGCUGCUGGCCCAAGUGCUACCGCUGCUCGACCCCGUGAUGAUCUCACCUUUCGUGCCACUGUUCAGUGUGUACGUCAGCUCGGGAAUGACCCACCUCAAGACCUCCAUUCGAAUGGACGCCCUGCGCAUCUUUGAGUUGCUGCUCGAUCAGUAUCCACGCCAGAUCACGGCACAUAGCCACCAAAUGAUUCCCAACUACAUGGACCUGCUCAGACGUGUGUCCGUGUCCACGUCACAUACAAUGUCCUUCCAGUCGACCUCGGCCACCGCCGCCUCGCUGGCCUCAGCCGCCACACAAAAGACUGGCGCACUGUCCACGAGGAUACAGAUCCUGCGCAGUAUGAACAAGCUUCUGAUGCUCCUCGUGUUGCCACCCGACAACACCUUUGCCAGUCUGCUCAACGGCGUCCUGGCCAUGAACCAGGACAACACUCCCUGGGCCCCAAUCGUCAGCCUUCGCGGCGAGUUCCGCACAUAUGAUCAGCGUCGCGUGUUCAAUGACCUGUUCUCCAAGAACCAAGUCACAGCAUCCAUCUCCUCAUCGACACUCUCCACCUCAAUCGACAACAAUGGCUCAACAAAGAAGAACAAACAGCAACAGCAACAGCAACAGGAUGGUGAUGGCGCAGUACAACUCAAACCAAUGAUCUUGGAGAAUAGUGGAGAAGUUAUGUUGUUCACAAAGACUCUGAUGCCCGUGCUGAUUGAGUGCUGGCUGGAACUGUCCCCGUCCAACCCAGCGCUCCCACACUCCAGCCUCGAGGACAUGGAGCUCAUACUGAGGAUCAUCCACUUGUUGAUCCAAAACCUCAAGAUUGACAUGCAUGGCACCAAGGACUUUGAUCGUUUGCGACAGGACUACAUCAAGUACUUUGCUGUGCACUUCCCAUUCUUUGUAGGAUCGGCUGCCAACCCCGACUCCAAGGAGUGGAUCACAAGCAAUGCAAUCAACUCUGUCGUGGCACAGACCUUGGCGCACUUCAUGGGCCUGCAAUGCAAGAAGCCCUUGACAUCAUUGCCGGAAUGGUUCACACCGGCGCUGGAGUUCCUGGAGGAGGCACUCGAUGGCAAGCUGAUUGAGAGCAAUCUUGAGCGAUCUGGUCAGGCUGUGCGCUCGUCCAUCGCUGAUCUUUUGUGGAUCGUGCCUCGCAUUCUCCCUGUUCUGCAGCCAGAGAGCAGCCAGAGUCUGUUGCAGGCCUUCAUCAAGUUUGAUGAGCAUUGCCAUCCUCACUCCUCCGCAAAGAAGUCAUGUGUGUUCUUCAUCAAGGAGUUGGUUGACACUCACUCCAAGGCAAAGGACCGCACAAUCAAGAAGAUUAUUGAGUGGGGCCUGGCUUCAUUGCCCAAGCUCCUCUGGAAGCUUGGAACUACCGAUCCCAACACAUCACUUAUCAUUAUACAUAUAUUGUUGUCUCUGGGCAAGGACCAGACCAAGAGAGCACAGUAUGACUCGAUCCACAAUGCGUUUGUUCCAUUCUUCUUCACAAUCACAAAGGGCACUCAACAGCAACCUAAUGGCAAACAGAUAUAUGGACCAUUCGUCCAACUACCAUUCAACGUCCAGACUCAGGCACUCAACCUAAUCUACUACUUCUCAUCAAUCAGUAUGCUUAUGAUCAGGUCACUCAUUGCAAUAUGUAGAUACCCAGGCAUAUCCCAUGAUAUCGUUGACAGAGUGUUGGAGAUAUUCUAUCACAAGCAAUCACAGUUUGGACUCACCAACUACUUGGCAUUCUGCUUCGCCGUGACAAUGUCAAUGUCACAGCCAGUCGAAAAGAAGUUGAAGUCAUUGGAGGGACAAGAUACAGAGAAUAAUGAUGAACCAGUUGACCUUGAUGGUGAUCAGACUAUGGUCGACGUUGAUAUGGACAAGAGUAAAGCGACAAAUAGCAACAAGAGAAAGACAAUGGAGAAUAAUGAGGAAGGCGAGGAAGCCAAACAGAGAGAUAGACUAAGAGAGAAGGCUACAAGUAGAAUAUUCAGAGACAUUAACAAUCUGAGGACAUCAAUCGCGAUUGACAAGUUGCUGGUUCCACUCUCAGAGUCAAUUCUCAAUGAAUUGUCAACACCCAAGACGAUGGUCGAGACCAAGGGUUUGUUGGAGAUGAUAUAUGCAUGCUUUGAUGCCAAGGACAAUGAGGAGUGGGCACAAAUGCCAGAGGAACUCCUUAACAAGCUGCCAAUCACCCUGGCCAACUUCCUCUACGACAGCGCCAACUCAUCCAUCAUUGAAAUGGAUCUUGUUGUCCAGUUUGUUCUUUUGGAUCAAUCAAACUCAUUGCUACUACAUAUAUUUAGACUACUGAAAGACCGAUUGAACUCCAACGACACCAAGUUGACUACACUCUCACAUAUCUUUAUCGAGCUAUCCAAACAAAAGACAUUGGAGGAUACACUCAUGGAUGACAAGGUGCAGAGCAAGGUGACGGAGUUGGUGAAGCUGGUGCAUCAACGUUCAUCUGGUGAUGUCCAAGACAAACAAGUGUCAGAGCGUAUGGUAUCAGAGAUGCAAAUGCUUUAUAAUAAACUGGUGUCAUAA